UCUAUUUAAAAUGUCAAUUGUCAUUGAAAUUUCAAAACAAAGCGAGGAACGUGUUGAAAUCUCUAGAAUUUUAUUUUAAAGAUGCCGAAACCUACAAAAUUACAUUCAAAGGGUAAGGUUCAACCUAAUUCUAUUCAAAAGCCCUGUAAUGAUGACGUAGACCCCGAAGAAACAAGAAGACAAUUUCAGUUAGAGCUAUGCUGGUGUAUUCAACAACUGGAACGAACUUUGAGUGAGAAAAAAGGAAAUGAAAAGCAAUUACAAGAAACAUGGAAAGUCUUGACAGUUUUAAAAAACAACAACCAGCCGAUGGUACGGAAGAGACAGUUGAUGAGGACACAUUUCGGAGACUACAGAGCUAAAAUGGCAGCAGAAGAAAAAAAACUUGCCAAGCUGGCAAGCAAGAUAAAGAUUUCGGAAGUUCAAGAUAAGCCUAAAGCAACUUUUCUAAGAAAAUCAGCAUUUUUAACAACAGGAGAUAGUUCAUUUAGAUUUAAUUUUGAUUUAGCCCCAGAACAAGUAGAUGCCAACAAAAAUACAAAUCCUAGCAAUACUGUGGAGACUAAUGUAGAAAAUGACGACAUUGCAGUAGUUAAUGAUGACAACACUAAAAUAAAUGUAAGUGAUGUCAACACAGACAAAAAUAAUGUGGAAAUUACAAAGAAAUUUAAAUUUUCAUUUUCUGAUUCUGAAUUUAAAUUCAAUUUUGGAACAAAUAAUCUAUAAUUAAUGAUCAUAUUUUAUUUUCACAAUAUAUAUUUCACCUUCAAAAUUUAGAUGCAAAUUUUUAUUUUCUAACUUCUGCAAUAUUUAAAAAAAUAUAUUAAUAAUUUCUAGAGAAUGUUGAAUAAUUUAGUUACUAAUUAUAGCAAAACACUACCAAAUAAUUUAAUUUCAAAGGUAGCAUGGAAUUCUGAAGAAUACUUUAGUUUUAAUUUAAUGGUGAAAGCAAACUGUUUAUUUCAGAUUACUAUUUGCAAACUGUUAAUACAAUUGAAUCAGCUUUUUUAUAUGAUCAAUAUAUGUCACCUCUUUUCUAUCAUAUUGUGACAUACAUUACUGUCAAGUACCCAGUUAUAAUCUAUGUAAAAAUAAAAUGUCUUUAUAGUACAUAUACAUAUAGACAUACUGCUAAUUAAUGUGUGUUCCAACUUUGGCUAUUUGGUCUUUGUGAGGAAUUGUAGUAGUGUUAAAAAAAACAUUUGAUAAGUACAAUGCAUUUUAUAAGUCCUCUAGAUUAAGAAUAAAAAUUAAAAAUAUAAGUCUUUAAAAGCA